AUGGAAUUAGAUACCGUAAAUGAUUAUGUUGAAACUUUGGAAGCCGUCGCGUUGGAAUUCGAUUUCUCGAAGAACAUGGUCGGGGAUAAUUCAGCAAACAUGGAACAUUCACAUUCUCAAUACAUGCAUCUAGACAUAACUCCCAAAAUAUCGUUUGAAGUAGAACAGAAAGACAAACCGAAUGACCUAUCAUCGUCUCACAAAUUGGUCCGCUUCACAGCACAUAAGGGAUUUAUUAGUAGUUCAUUGAAAAUGCAAAGUAAGUUAAAAGGGCCUAUUAAACAUGCCCCAUUGACUAAAUCGUUACAAACUAAAAAAAAAUCAUUGAACCCAACUGCCAGCAAGGAUCCUAAUAAUAUUCUGAUGUCCAAAAAAUACCUAAACUAUUUAAAAUAUUUUGAAAACAAAAAUGAUUCACCAGACAUCGAUCAAAUAAUCCUAAAGCUACAAAAAUUAUAA